UGGUUUAGUUUUGUAUUAACAAGAAACUUUUGUAUAAUUAAUAAUUAUUAUAACUUUUCUGUGACUGUGAUUUUAUUUUAUAAACCAUUAAAACAUUUAAUUAUAAAUUAAAAUAAAUUUAAUUGAGCCAUGAGUGGUAAAAAUAAAAAGGAUGGGAAUAUUCUCUCAUUCUUAAAUAAAACAAGUAAGAAGAACGAUGAUAUUCUUUACUCUAAUGACACUGAUAUUUCAAAUUCAAUACCCAUGGGAACAUCAGAAACUUCUACAAUUUUGAACCAAAUCUCAUCUGAAGUAAUGAUAUCAGAAACAAAAAAUAUUAUUAAUGAUCUAGGCACAAGAAUUUCGGGUCCAAAACAGCCAAAUUUACAAGCAUUUCCGUUAAGUACAUUUAAAAAACAAAACAGAGCGUUUUCAUCAAUUUAUUAUAACAAGUAUAAUUGGAAUGAAUAUAGUGUGAAACCAAAUGCUGUUUUUUGUUUUAACUGUCGACAUUUUUCUACUAACACCCUUGAUGAAAAAUUUGAUAAUAUAAAUGGUGUGCAAAACUGGAAAAAGAUAAAUGAUAAAUUUUCCAAACAUGAAAAGUCAAUAUCACAUUUAACAAGUACUACAAAAUUGAAUGCUUAUAAAAUGACAUUACAAAGUGAAAAUGUUCAUACACAAAUUUCAACAGUUCAUAGAAUACAAAUUAUAAUAUUAUCAUUAUUACAUAUAAAAAGGGAUAUCAUUAUUGAUAGUGAAAAAGUUCUUAAUAUUUUUUCGCUAAAAGAUAGAAUGUUAUCCUUAAGCUAA